GUAAAAAUAUGUUUCCUGUUCCGGUUAAUUUCCGUAUUGUUUUAUGAUACAAAAUGGCGGGUCACACAGCAGGAGAACCUUUAGAAUGCUACAGUAUUCCUAUUGUAUUAGAAAAAGAGCCAGAUAUAGAUCAACAUGGGAAUCCAAUUAGAGAACCAGAUGGAAAGCAAAGGUAUCGUUGUGGAUUUAGGAUAGGCGGAGGUAUAGAUCAAGAUCCAUCUCAAAGUCCCCAAGGUUAUCCAGACAAGGGUGUGUAUGUCACUUAUAUACAUGACAACAGCCCAGCAUCAAGGUGUGGACUGCAACUUCAUGAUAAAAUUUUACAGGUGAAUGGUAAAGACUUCACCCUUGUCACACACAAGCAAGCUGUUGAAAGUAUUAGGAAAAAACCAGUGCUUAAAAUGCUGGUGUACAGAAAAGGUGUUCCUCCACUUCAGAAACCUCCCAACGCGAUGGUAAGUCAUACACAGUUCCAGGCAUAUCCUCAUCAUGGCCAGCCCCAGCAGUACUCGACACAACAGCCUCAGUACCAACCUCAAUAUUAAUAUUAAACCACAUAUCUUGUUUUGUUUUGCAUCAGUUGAUUUCUUAGUGAAUUGUAUAAGUUGUGACAAAAAAAUGUAAUAGAUAUGAUGAUUUAGAAUUGGAAAUUAUUAUUGUGUUUUUGGAAAAAGCUAACUUCAUUUUCAAAGUUCUAAUAUUUUACUGAAGAGCUGAUUUAAAUCUGUGAUACUUUUGUUUCUUGGAGAGCUUUCAAAAAUAAUCAACAAUCAGUUCUUUUACUUUUUUUUUUUUAAACAAUUACUUUUUAUAAAUGACUGUUAUCCCUGAAUUAAAAUUAUGGAAUCAAAUUUGUUUAUAAACACAUACUUUAAUUUAUACUUAUUUUUAUACAAAUUUUAUAUUUAAUAUAGUGAGCUCGUUUCAGUUAUUCAAGAAAAGUUUAGUAGUUAAAUGAAUUUUAGCAUUGGGCAGAGUUCUCUGUUUCUCUAUAUUUUGUUUACAGUAGAAAAAAGCUUUCACUUUAUUUUUUUUUUGUUUACAUAGAUUUUUUAUUGUUUACUUCAGUGUUUGGUUUAAAACCAAAACAUAAUAUUUAUUUCUGUAUGGACUGUAAGGUCGUGUUGUGUGCUUUUUUUUUUUUUUAAGCUUUCAUAGGCAAUAAAAUGAUAUGAUAAUGUCUGUUCUCAACCACAUUGGUGUUAAGUCACAAGAGAAAUCAUCAGUUCAACAUUUAACAAUCUGGAAAUCAAACUUUACGUUGACAAUAUUUUUAUUGUUGUUCAAAUCAUUUGAAAUAGUUUAUUUAUUUGGGCCAUGUCCUUUGCCUUGUUUGUCUAAGACGCUGUUUCUCAAAAGUACUGCAACUCUUUUGAGAACCUUUUAUUUGACUCCUCUCAAAGAGAGCUUUAAAUUGUUGUUCUCUGCUUGGUCUUGCAAUCUUCUGCUAUUGGAGUUCACAUACUUUCUUCUAUGAGGCUAAACAUUUCAAUGUGUAAUGGAAGUCAUGCUAAUGCUAUGCGAAGAAAAAUAUAACACUAAAGUGUAAGUAAGAAAUAUUAGAGAAUGCCAUUUCACUAUAUUAUUUACUUUAUCCAGUAGCUUCCUUUUGAAAUUCAGUGUAAUAAACGUACAUUUCUAUAGGUUAUUAUCAAGAUGUCUCUGCAAUGAAUCUAUAAAACCUCUUCGUCUUUAAAGCAGCUAAUCUUUCGUUUUAAUUUCUGUGCUGAUUUCGAGAGCAAAGUUUUCUGAGAAGUUUUAGUCACUUUUGAGUUCUAGGUAAAUGAUAAAUCCAUUUUAAUAUCCGGUGUUGUUUUUUUUUUUAUAGUUGUACUGUAGUCAAUUAAAUUAAAUACUUGUUUAUAUUAUGUACUAUAAUUGAAAUUUCUUGUAUAGUAAAAAUGAAAUUAAGUGGUAUCAGUUUUCACUCUUGCAGUUGUGAGCUUUUUUUUUUUAAAAAAAUAUUUUCAUCUCAGUUUUUGACAUUUAGGAAAAGUUUAAGGCAUGUCCAAAGCAAUUUGUUUGUUAAUAUCUUCUCUUUCAUUUGAUUUGAUUUUGUUUUUUUUUUUCACAUCAGUGGAAAAAGGGAUCAUGUCUUGUAAGAGUAAAGUAAAAUUAGUUUCAAUGUUUUGUAAGUCUUCCGUCCAUGUUGCCGUGGUCAUGUCUUGCUUCAUUCCUCACCGACAUUUUCCUGGUUAUGUCGUUUCUCAGUUCAUAGAAUCUCACAGAAAACUUUUUUAAAAUAUUUAUUUCAUGGUCAUUUCUCUACAUUAACUUUUUGCCUGGCUAUUUUUUUUUUUUGUUUUUUUUUGACAACGCUGAAAGACAACUGUUUUUAUACAGAUAACAAUAAAUGUUUGUUGGAUACACAGUAUAUGUAAAUAUAACUGUCUUCUUCAUUGUAUCUAUCAGUAAAAGAGUUACGGUUGUGAAGACUUUUUUUUAUUUAGAAUAUAUUUAAAAUUAACUAAAAAGAUUUUUGUUUCUCUUGUGUUUUUUUUUUAUAUAUACAAGUUUAUUUGUGUUUUCGUACAGGUUUUUAAAAAAAUGUAUGUAUUCCAUUAGUGCCUCUUUUUUUCAAAUCAUAAAUAAAUCAUUGUAUAUUUCUAAUAACAAGUACUAGAAACUUUAUACAAUUUAUAGUAAUUGCACCAGCGCAAUUUAAAGAGUUCAAUCUGCAUACAAAGCAACGCUUUACAGCUUCCUGUUAUUGUAAGCAUCACAGUAUUAUCCUAUCUGACCACAGUUCAGUUAAAGGUUAUACGUUGUAACAACCUACUUUAUGAUUGUAUUCUAUAAUAGUCAUUGUAAUAAUUUUGUUAUAUAUAGAAAGGUUUAACAAUUAAUUUUGUUAUCUAUAGAAAGGUUUAACACCAUCUUUCUUGUCACCUAAACAUGUGUUUAAAUCACAGGGUUCUUAUUAUUAUGCUUCUGUGUGCUGUUUAAAGGCUUACAGGUGAUUUAAGUUUUGAUUUUAAAAGACUUUUAGAUUCAUUUUAAAAAAGUGGUCUCAUUUUUGUAGCUGCAGCUUACAUCAGGCUUCCGAUGUUGUUAGUGACUUGUAAGCUACAGCGAAAUGCUUUGCCAUGGUUGUAAGGUAGCUGAGUGUGUGGGGUUUUGAAUUUUCCUGUGGUGAAUGUUUAUUUCAUUGUUGUCUCUCUGUGGUGAAUGUUUUACUUUCUGUUCAUUUCUUGCUGUUUAAUUUUAGUGGUCAGUGAAUUAUUUUUGUGAGUUUUAUUACAAAACCCAUGUUGAUGUAUUGGGAGGAUCAAAGGAGAGGAAUAAAGGAAAUUCUAUUAUAAA